UGCGGUAAAUGACGCUGGUGUCUUUUUUGGAGAGAUCCAGGCUGCUGUGAGCCGUUCGCUCGUCUAGCUUGAAACUGAUGUCUGCAGGAGAGGGAAAAGACAGGAAGCUUUACUGAGGGCUCACAAAAAGAAUCCACUAGGACAGCAAAUUCUUCCACUCCAAGAUGACUAGAACCAAGAAAGUUCACAUUAGUGGGCUGGGGUGGGGAGCUAGAUUGUUGGUUUAAAGGACACACAAAAUAAAAAUGAUACUUCAGGGUCCUUUCCUGUUUUGCUAACACCUGACAUUUUUAGGGUUACAGUCGCACCUGAGAUCAGGGCCUUUCUGCUAGGCACCGCACAGGCGUAGUUAAGAGACAGACCCUGCUCUGUGUCUUACAGGCAGGUCACUUUUGAAAAUCUCUCUUCUGCCCCAUCAGUAGAAUGAAGUUAAUAGCAGUUCCCUCUCUCAGAAGGGGCGUUGCAAGGAUACAGGCAUUAACGAUCGCAGCAUUGCCAACUCUUGCAAUUUUACUGUGAGUCAAGAAACCCCCCAAAAGUUGCAAAAUGUCUCGGCGCCUGGAGAGCUUCCCCACAAAAAACGUAGGAGUAAGUUUGUAACCUUCAUAGGAUCAGGGAAAAACCGUGAAUCCUAACGCAGGAGACAGAUCUAAAGAACCCAACGCCCAUUUCUCUCGAUUUGAAGCCAGUCUCUGGUGCGGGGACCCCUGCGAGCACCCAGCCAGGAUCCCUGCGCCCCGCCGGGCGCUCGUGCCACACAAAUCACACUCCCGGAUGGUUCUUAAACAAAGCUGAACCGUGGGGCUGAGCUCAACGGCCCUGUAAAAGCAGCCGCCCCUGCAGCUGCUCUCAUCUUUUCCAUGGUGGGAGCCAAGUCUCAGGGAGGAGAGCGAGCUGGCCAGGAAACGGGUGGCGGAGAAAUGGGAGAAAGGAGUUGCGGAGCCGGCGGUUCUGGCGCUCCCUGCUGGCGGAGGUGGUUGGCACCCUGAUCUUCGUCUGGCUGGUGCUGGGGGCCUCGUGCCCCGACGGCCCUGGGCGCGUCACAGCCCCACCCGCCCUGCAGCCGGCUCUGACAGCCGGGAUGGCGGCCGUGGGGCUGGCUCACUGCUUUGGCGAGGUCAGCGGGGCCCAGGCCAACCCGGCGCUCACCCUGGCCUUCCUCUGCACCCGCAAGCUGGACGCCCUGCGCGGAGCCGCCUAUGUCCUGGCCCAGUGCCUGGGCGCCAUCCUGGCCUCGGCCGCCGUCUACCUGGCGCUGCCCGUGGCAGCCGCCAGCCACCUCGUCACCAGGGUGAGCAGUGAGGGCAACGCUGGGCAGGCGCUCGCCAUGGAGACCUUCUCCACCUUCCAGCUUGUCUUCACCAUCUUCGCCGUGGAGGACCAGCGGCGCCGGGGAGCGGGCGAACCGGGCGGCCUGGCCAUCGGCUUCUCCGUGACGGCCGGAGCGCUGGCCGCGGGGACGUUCUCCGGGGGCAGCAUGAACCCAGCCAGAUCGCUGGGCCCAGCCGUCCUGACGGGCAUCUGGGACCAUCACUGGGUGUACUGGAUCGGCCCCUCGCUGGGCGCGGUGCUGGCCGGCCUCUCCUACGAGUUUCUCUUCGCCUCCAGCGCCUCGCGGGAGAAGCUGGUCGCCUGCCUGACCUGCCGGGACAUCGACAUUGUGGAGACGGCCAGCGUGUCCCGCUCCUCCCUCUCCACCGCCCCCCAGGACGCCGCCCGGGCCAAGCCGCCCCCCAAGGGGGAGCAGCGCUGAGCCAGCGCGGCCUCCCCUGCCCCGUCCUUUCCCCCAAGGACCUGCCAGCCUCCAUGAGCCACCCCCUACUGUCGUGAUCCAGCCCACCCUCACCCCCCUGCUAGCCCCACUGAGCGACCCCCACCCCCAGUGCUGCUCCAGAUCUGGUGCCAGCUGCACCCAGCAUCCACCGGUGGGGGCAGGGGAUGGGCAAGACCAGGGCCACUUCGGAUCAGAACCUGCCACAGCUCAGUCCUGGGGCUCAGGGAAACAGGGCCACCACUUUUGGACAGACAGCGUAGCCUGUGCAUAGAGCGGGGGACUGGGUGCUAGGACUCCUGGGUUCUAUCUCUGGUUUAGGGAGGGGAGUGGGGUCUAGUGGUUAGAGCAGGGUGGGGCUGGGAGCCAGGACUCCUGGGUUCUAUCCGCAGCAAUGCCACUCACUGAGUGCGUGACUGCUCGCUUUCUGUGCCUCGGUUUCCCCCUCUCAAAAUGGCAGUGCUGCUCCCCUGACUCCUGGGGGGGCGCGAGGCACACUCCGGCAGUGCUGACACCGUGCCAGGGUUCGUUGUGGGUGAGGAUAGCUCUGGCACGGUCCAUGCCCACCGCCCUGGUGCUGGCUGGGAGCCCGCUGGCGCCUGUGACUGUUGAUAAUUAUUGGCAGGCUCCUGGUUUGCUCCCAGGCGGGCAGCAGCGGGUGGCGUAGCCCGGCCUGGUUCACUGCACCCUGCGGGCCCUCCACGUCCCUGCGCCAUUGCUGUUCCCACAGCCCCCUGGGGCGUUGGGGCUCCCCAGACAGGGGGCCCCAAAGCAGCUGGGGCCAGCCUGAUCACUGAGCGCCACACGGACCCCACGGCCACCGAGAACAAGGGCAAAAUGGCCUCUGGCUUCGUGCCCCCCCCUUCGCAGGCUGGGUUUGCUCAUAGGUCUGGACCCUCCCUUGCCCCACAGACACACGCCGCCCUGGCUACAGGUUCUCGCGCGCGGCCCCCCCAGAACUGCUGAUCGCCCCCAGAACAAGCCAGCGGCACCACUUGGGAGCGGGGCUCACCCCGCUCUGGCUGCAGCCGGCUGCUCGUUCUCAGCGUCCCCUGGGCCCCCCUGGAGCGACGUGAUCCGUGGGGCAGAGGGCUGGCUGGCUGGCAGGCCGGGUUAGUUUAAUGAGGGGCUGGCAGGGAAAACAAGCGGGCUCACGAUACCCCACGUCUCAGCAAGCCCUGGGGCAGGAAGGGGGCCGGGAACGCAGGAGGGCAGAGGGGCUGAGGCAGGGGCUGGAACGGGCCCGUCGCUCAGGGGAAUCCGGCUGACACCUGCUGAACGAGCGCCAUGGCAGGGUCCGAGGGAUGACAGCCGUGGGCGUGGCCUGUCGGUGGGUUUAACCCCCUUUCCCCACAUGCUGCCCCGAUUAA